UCCAAUGGCCUACCAUGGGAGGUGUGGCCUGGGGGCUCUUCAGCUUUAGGCCCUAGUGCAGCUGGGCCUUCACAGAGCUCUCGGCAGCCCUGCCCACCCACCUGCCUGCCUCUGGGUAACCAGCCUUCCUUGCUCUUUUUCCCUCUCAUUCUCCCCUCAGGCCAGGUAGUAGACGUGGAACAGGGGAUCAUCUGUGAGAACAUCCCCAUCAUCACCCCAACAGGAGACGUGGUGGUAGCCAACCUCAACAUCAGGGUGGAAGAAGGAAUGCACCUGCUCAUCACUGGCCCCAAUGGCUGUGGCAAAAGCUCCCUGUUCCGGAUUUUGGGUGGGCUGUGGCCAGCCUACGCUGGGGUCCUCUACAAACCCCCGCCGCAGCGUAUGUUCUAUAUCCCACAAAGGCCCUACAUGUCAGUGGGCUCUCUGAGGGACCAGGUGAUCUAUCCUGACACUGUAGAAGACAUGAAAAGGAAGGGCUACUCCGACAGCUACCUGGAGGCCAUAUUGGACAUUGUGAACCUCAACCAUAUUGUCCAAAGAGAAGGAGGGUGGGAAGCCUCCUGUGACUGGAAGGAUGUCCUAUCAGGUGGGGAGAAGCAGAGAAUCGGAAUGGCCCGGAUGUUCUACCACAGGCCCAAGUAUGCCCUUCUGGAUGAGUGUACCAGUGCUGUGAGCAUUGAUGUGGAGGGCAAGAUUUUCCAGGCUGCCAAGGAUGCGGGCAUUGCCCUGCUAUCCAUCACCCACCGGCCCUCCCUGUGGAAGUAUCAUACACACCUACUGCAGUUUGAUGGUGAGGGAGGCUGGAAGUUUGAGAAGCUCGACUCAGCCACCCGCCUGACCCUGAGAGAAGAGAAGCAGCGUCUGGAACAGCAGCUGGCGGGCAUCCCCAAGAUGCAGCAGCGUCUCAGCGAACUUUGUGAGAUCCUAGCCGAGGAUGCAGACUCCCGUCCGGUUGAGCCACCUCAAACCUCCGGCCCCUGAGGCCCCAACCUCCAUCUGGGAGGCUCUCCUACAGCCAAAUACCCCUGGAGCCUCUUGUCCUGUGUCCCUUAAGCCACAGCCCUCUCUCACCCUGGCCCUCAUCCUCACGAAUCUCUCCAGAAUUCUUCAAAGAAGUAGUAGGGUCUCCCUUGCCCACCCCCUCGCGAGGAGAUAGAU